AUGCCAAACAUACCAGAAGUUUCUACAGAAGGAGUUAAUGUAACGAGAAAUAAUGAUUUUGAGGUAGAAGAAGAAAACAGUCAAUCAAAUGGCCACUUUAGUUUAAGUAAUGAAGGAAAUAUAGAGUUAACUCAAAUUCAAAGAAUUGAAAGAAAUCCCCAAAAUGAAGAAAGUUCAAGGAAUUCAAUGAGAGACCAACAAAGCAGCUCAGUAUCUAUAAGAUUAAUAAAACUAUGGAAAGAAUAUGUGGAAAAAGUGCGUGAAUGUUUAAUCCAACUUGAAUAUAAUUCAAGAACUCAACUUCCAUUAAUAAAGUUUGUUCUAAGAAUUUUCAUAAUAUUGUCUUUGACUAUCCUACCACUAAUUAAUGAAAUUCACACAGUUACUCCUCUUUUGUCAGUCUUCCUGAGAGAAAGUGAUUGGUUUCUAAUACCAAUGUCAAUGAAUAAACAUGCAAUUAACAAUGAUUUAUUACUAAGAAUAAAUCAACAGGAAUAUAACAUGUUAAUACAGAAGAAAAAUUACCAGCAAAAAAUUAACACCGAUCAGUUUCUAAGUCUAAUGAAUGUAUACGAUAGUAAUGGACUUUUCUCUCAGAAUUCAAAAUAUAAAAAGUCAAAAAAUAACUAUAAUUCAAAUGUGUGCAACAAUAGAGAUGCCCGCCUUUUAAUUUCAAAAGAUGAGAGUUUAAGUAAUAAUGACCAUAUAUCACUAUUAGUUCCAUCUAUUUGGUGUCCAGUAACUAAUUUGAACAAUGAGUUUAACCAGGUAAUUUAUAAUACAAGGAGAGAGGGACAAAACAGGAAAGUGAAAAUCUUAUAUAUGAAUAAGGAUGAAAAUACGAGAAAUAAGAUUCUGGGAUUUACCUCUUUGAGAAUGCAUAAGAAUACCUAUAGAUACAAACCUACAAAUAUAUUCAAAAUUAUCUCUACCUCUUUUGUGAUAGUCAGAUGGUGUAUACUGAUUUCCAGAAUGGUUAUACAGUUGUGGAGUUUUAAUACAUUUUUCACAAGUACAGAAAAUGAUAAUAAUAUCAAUAAUGUAGCCCAAUUUCAGUUCAUUCAAGAAUUUAAGUCAUUAGUUUCAUUUAGCAUUUUUUAUAUUUGGUCACUAUCAUGUGUAUAUUUAUUGUUUGGGCUUACAACCAGCAAAUGUAGUAAAUUUCCAAAAAUUGCAAUACAUGAAAAAAUACAAUGGUUACUUUGGAUUUGUGUAUUAAUUACAACUGCUUGCUUCUAUAUUGCUAGACUACCAUACUUUGAUCAUACCGACAAUCAAGACAACAUUAAUAACUCUAAUUCUUCAGAAACUUCUCCUGAAUCAAGUAGUUCAAUAAGAAAUAAUGAUAAUAGUCAAGUAGAAGAGAAUUAUCGUUCAAAAAAAAGGAAAAUUCUCAUUCAGCAUAUACUCUCAGUAAUUUCUUGUUGUGGAUUCGGGUUUUCUCUAAGUGGUAGUGUUCUCUUACUUUCUACAAGAAUUACAAGUCCUUGGGUUAAUUCAUGCUUUAUUACAAUUAUUUCACAAUCUUUAGACCUUCUAUUGAGAGGUUAUUUGGGACUUAUUACUGAUCAUCAUACCUUUGAAGAGAAAAAGAUUAGAUAUUAUAAAUAUGUAUUUCCUUCAUAUCUUUUGAAAGAUGAGGAGAAGAUUCAUUGCAAUAACAAUGGUCAGAGAGAAUGGGUUGUAAAAUGUAAUUAUAACUCUCAACCUCCUCCCUUAAUCUUUAAACAUUCAUUUAUUUCAAUUAGUCUCACUAAGAUAUCAUCCACAUUCUUUUCAGUAAGUAAUUUUUCAAAUAAUAAAGAAACAGAAAAUGAAAAAAUGGAAAAUAAUGAAUACUUAUCUGAUUCUCAGUCAAAUAAUGCUUCUCAGACAAUUAACUGUAUGAUAUGCUAUGAAAACCCAAGUAACAUUGUCUUUUCUCCAUGUUUGCAUAGUGGAAUAUGCGACAAUUGUAUAGAUGAAUUAAUGAAAUGGACUGUAUGUAAACUAAAGAAAAGUCCAUGUUGCCAUCUUUGUCGCUCUCCCAUUGAAAUUGCCUGGCAACUUAAUAAUAAUGAAUCAAACCCAAAUAAAAAUAACUAUUUUUCAGAGAAAUGCACUGAAGUUAUUUAUCCUAAGUUACAACUUUACGAUGAUUCUAGUGAAAAGAAUAAUUUAUAA